UGUAAUACUAGCCUGCAAGCAAUAGGUUUUGGUUUACCAGGCUGAUUGAAUCGUAGCAGUUAUCGUAUUAGUAUUUGUUCAUUCACUGUGAGCCUUUUCAUCGUUAUGAUACAAUUCAGAGCCAGUAUUCCAAAGGCAUUUGGUAACACAAGGCUUGGUCCCACUCCAGGCUUUAUUUCGACAGUUUCUUCUGCAAACUUGUGGAAAAAAUCACCAAGCAUACGAUACAGACGAUACCGAUCGACGUCAGCUUCCGACGAAAAUGGACCUUCUUACAUAUCGAACCCGGGCUCCAAUCCGUUGCUCGAGAAAACUUUGGGCCAGCUACUCGACGUGGCAGCAGAAAGAUUUCCUAACAGAGAAAGCCUUGUAUCUGUCCAUCAAAAUAUGCGGAUGACAUUUUCCGAGGCUCGAAAAAGGGCCGACAAAUUCGCGGCAGGGUUGAAAAAAAUGGGCUUGAAAACGGGCGACAGAGUUGGAAUCUGGGGCCCAAAUUCCAUCGAGUGGAGCGUGGCUUUCUUGGCCAUUGCCAGGGCUGGAUUCAAGGUCGUCGGAAUGAACCCUGCGGAUCAGCUACACGAGUUGAUGUACGGCAUCGACAAAGUCGGGACCAAGGCUGUCGUUGCAGCGGAUAUUUUCAAGACUCAAAAUUACCCGGAAAUGCUGCUCAGUGCCAAGAGCCGGUGUCCAACUCUGGAACACAUCAUUAUAUUCAGUGAUCAGCACGUAAGUGGAACCAGGAGAUUCGUUGACGUCGAGUCCUUGGCUAGUGGCAUUGAAGUGGAAGCCGUCGGUGCUGAACAGAGUGAAAUCUCUCCCGGGAGUGGCGCGAUUAUUCAAUUCACUUCCGGUACCACUGGACAACCAAAAGCACCUGAGGUGGCCCACAGAUCAUACGUCAACAAUUCCAGGCAGGCUGUUGAGAGGUUUAGACUGAGUGACAGCCACCAUAAGAUCUGUCUUAACGUUCCAUAUUUCCAUGCUUUUGGUCUGAACAUGGGAAUAGUGACGAGUCUGCAAUGUGGAGCAACGGUCGUCCUUGCCGGACCAUCUUUCAAUCCUAAGGAAUCGGUGAAUGCCAUUGUGAAGGAGAAAUGUACAGUGAUAUACGGAACUCCUACGAUGUGGGUGGAUUUGGUGAACACGCAGCAAGAGAUGAUGGCUCCGAUUGGCGAGAUUUCGAUCGGUCUCACCGGUGGCUCUCCAGCGUCGCCAGACCUCUUUAAAAGAACUAGAGAAACGUUUGGGUUUGACUUCAUGAAGUCGAUAUACGGAUUGUCCGAGACCACUUGCAUGAGCUUCCAGACGCCGCUAAACACGCCCAGAGAUAUUGCUGAAACGACUGUUGGAUACUUAUCGGAUCACACCGAAGUCCAGGUGGUCGACGAGAAUGGAGUUCCCGUUCCAUUCGGAACACCCGGAGAACUCUGGACUCGCGGCUAUCACACGAUGAUUGGUUACUGGGGAGACAAGGAAAACACCAGGAAGACCAAGACCGAUGAUGGCUGGCUGAAAACUGGGGAUCAGUUCAUCCUGCGGCCAGACGGCUACGGCCGGAUCAUCGGCAGACUCAAGGACAUGCUGAUAAGGGGCGGUGAAAACAUAUUUCCGAAGGAGAUUGAAGAGUUCCUUGAGACCCAUCCGGCAGUCAUGGAGGCCCAUGUUUUCGGAGUUCAUGAUGACCGUCUGGGCGAGGAUGUCUGCGCCUGCGUUCGUCUAAAGCCGGGUGUUGCCGGCCUGACGGCUCAGGACAUCAAGGAAUACGGAAAGGAGAGAAUAGCGCACUUCAAAAUUCCGAGAUACGUCCAUCUGACCAAGGGAUUUCCGAAAACGACCAGCGGAAAAAUCAAGAAGCACGUCCUCAGGGAGAGCCUGGAAGCACAGGGAAUUGUGCCGAAGAAACCAAACAUUAUCUAAGGGAAAAGUUGUAUACACUCGAAUAUCUGCGCAGUUUUAAAAGUGGCUACACUGUUAAAUUCUCUCGGACAGAAGUUUAUUUUUUCUUCUUCCCCAACUGUUAGGUAUACUUGCCAAUCUUUAUUU